AUGGCAAAACGUCAGGCGAUAGAGGCAGUCGAUCGAAUAUUGCAAGACAUUACAGGUGUUCGUCUCCCAUUUGGUGGAAAGGUAAUGGUUAUGGGGGGAGAUUUUAGACAAGUGUUGCCGGUUGUUAAACGCGGAACUAGAGCACAAAUUGUAGACUCCAGCCUGCGGAUGUCGCCUCUUUGGCAUUUGACUAAAAAGAUGCGGUUGACGAUAAACAUGAGAGCGCUAAAUGAUCCAUGGUAUUCUGAUUUUCUUUUAAGAGUCGGUGAUGGGUCUGAAGAAUCAAUCGAAGGAAGCUAUAUUCGCAUACCAGACGACAUGACAAUUCCUUUCAGUAAUCCAGAAAACUCUAUAAAAGAAUUGAUCAAUGUAGUCUUUCCGUCAAUUCAAAGUAAUGUAUAUUCUUCUGAUUAUAUAAUCUCUAGAGCAAUAUUGUCCACUAAAAAUGACAGUGUUGACGAGAUCAAUGAUCAAAUGAUUGACAUGUUUCAAGGGGAUGAAAAGGUUUACUAUAGUUUCGAUGAAGUCGAAGACGAUCGUCACAACUUCUAUCCGGUCGAGUUCUUAAACUCACUAACUGUUAGUGGUCUGCCGCCUCAUAAACUUCGUUUAAAAAUCGGUUGCCCUAUAAUAUUGUUGCGGAAUAUCGAUCCAUCACAUGGUUUAUGUAAUGGCACAAGAUUGAUAUGUAAAGGCUUCCAGCGUAAUGUUAUUGAUGCAGAGAUAGCUGUCGGGCAACAUGCCGGAAAAAGAGUAUUUUUGCCAAGAAUCCCUUUGUGUCUUUCUGAAGACGACAUGUUCCCGUUCAAGCUAAAAAGAAAACAAUUCCCCAUUCGACUUAGCUUUUCCAUGACAAUCAACAAAGCUCAAGGUCAAACAAUUCCGCAUGUUGGUGUUUAUCUUCCGGAUUCAGUAUUUUCGCAUGGACAACUUUAUGUCGCUUUAUCAAGAGGGAUAUCACGUGCUAAUACAAAGGUAUUAGUACAUUCUGCCAAAGACUUCAGACGAGACGGGGUAUACACCUCAAAUGUUGUCUAUCGAGAGGUGUUACGUGACGAAUGA